ACGAAAUUUAACGAUGAAACAAGUAGAAAAUUACAAGUCAAAAUGCAUCCACUCGCAUCUUGACACGAGGGAUCUCCCUGAUUCGUGCUGGAGGCAUACACAGAAGAGGAGUCAGUCUUUUCCGAUUAGUAAAAUCAGCAAGAAUCCGGAAUCGACCACGAACUACUAUUCCUCGUCGACUUCUUACAAGCCACAGAAGAGUCACGUAUGUUCCAGUCUGACGUACCCGAAGAACACGUCGGACCACAGUACCGACGCACCGCAUAUCCGGACUCGUUCUAAACCCAACCGAGAUAAACAUUCCUCGAGUUAUUCCUCGAAAUUUUCAUCGAAGGGGAAGACCCAUUAUGACGAUGAGCUGGGAGAUAUCGAUAAAUUGAAAUUUACCGACGAAGGAUUAGGAAAUCUUAUAGAAGGCCAUAUAGUAGAAGAAGUUGAAGAGGAAGUUACAGAGGACGAUCGCGAAGUGCCAGCUGAAUUCUUGGACAAGGAUUACGAGGAACAAGAAGCGGACGAUGAAAUAGACGACGAGUCUGACGGGUCACCACAGACUCAUAGAUCUCCGAGAGGAGGUAAAACAGAGGCAUUGCUGAGACAACAGCGAUGGGGAAGCGUAGAGCAGCAGCCAGAUACGCGAAAACUUCGUUAUCAGCAACAUGUGGCUAUGAUACACAAUCAUCCUUCAUCCCCCAGGUAUUACCGCAACGUGACUGAGCACGAGGUACCCGAGCCCUUAUCAGAAGAAGACUUCGUCCGAACGUCGCUGAAAAGUCCGCCGAGGCGGCAACCUGCGAACUAUCGUCAAUGGUCGUCAUCGAGAAACGAACCUGAUCGAUACGACGACACGACGACGUUGAUCCAUUCGACUCGACGAGCCCGUACUAAACCGGAUGUGGAUCGGCUGAUAGAGUCGGAGUUGAACAGAACGAGAAGGUGCAAUCGUUGUGGUAACCUGUCGAGCAAAAAGAACGAACCGCCUCUGAAAAAUAGCUGCAGAUUCGACGAUUGCGCGAAUAUUCCUAUCAAGGGACCAAUCGGCGACGAACCCGAGAACCACGAGCAAACAUUCUGCGGCCGCUGCAACGUAAGGUACAACUCCAAGGAUCCCUGCGGUGCCACUGACAUCCCGUCGCCCUUAUACACCAUGAAAUCGCGCAGAUCCCGCGAAGUAAAAUCCCCAACUAUCUACGAGGUGCCAGAGCAAAACCAGGACAAGCUCUCGACCGACUAUCCGCGAUCCUUAUCGAGAUACCAAAGAAAACUUACGGACGCGUACACGGAAAAAUUGAAACGGUCGUUGCACACUUCUCACGGUACUGCGCGUUCAUCUUUUCGACACGUCGAAUAAAAUCGUUUUUUUUUUUUUUGACUCUUCGGGAGAUCAAAGAAGAAGAACAACGAACCGAGAAGAUUGUAAAAGCGUUGGACUCGAGAAAAAAAUAUCGAAUCGAAUCGUGUGAAAAGAAUUCAAUCAUUGAAGCGAUCCCACGAACAUUCUAGUAACAUUUCAGGAUCGAAAAUCCUUUCCCUCGUUUCCAUGCGAUUCUCGCGACUAUUUUCGUAUAAGGAAUUCGUCCCUGUAUCGCUGUUUAAGGAUGUGUGUGUCGAACAAGGUAGAAACAAAGUCCAUUUCGUUGCAACUCAUCAACGUGAGAGACUCGAUCCACGAGAGCAACGGAAAGGCCAUCGUAGAGCAAAGAAUAAAAAAAAGAAAAAAAAAAGAAAAGAAUCGCUCCUAUUUGAUCGUUUCCCUUCUACUGGUUGUGUAAUAUAUAUUUUUGUAACUGUCCUCUCGGGUCUUGUAGAUGUUACACUGUACGUAUUGUCCGAGGCUAACGCUAGUUGCACAAUGUACAUAUGCAUUAGGUAAAAUCGAUUAGA